CUGGAACUCGGGAACGGAGGCUGUGGUCCUGUGUCUUUCCAGACCUGCCGACACUCGGCCUGUGGGAACGAGCCUCCCCUCCCCUGCCAGCUUCUGCCAUGGGAGUGUGAGGACAGCCCUGUUUGCAAUGAGAUGUGACACUGUUGGCUUUUUCUGGCGGUCACACAUCCCCAGCCAGGGCCUGCCAGCUCUGUUUCUUCUCUAUUUCGGAUGUUCUUAAUCCCCAUGGAUCCACAACUGUAACCAUGGCCACGCGGGUCGAGGUCGGCUCCAUAACUUCUCUGACCGGAGUCCCUGGCCUCGGGGAGAUCACCAAGGAGGAGACCCUGAAGCGGUCCUACUACCGUCAGACUGCCGACACCUCUGGGGCCCCCUCAGCACGGCUCUUGGAAGGAAAGAGUCCCCUUAGGAGCACGGCCCGCUUACUUCCUCUGCCGAGACUCGCCCCCAAACCCUUCUUCAAGGAGAAAGCCCCGGAUGUGAAACCCUCCCUUGUAUCUUUGCGGCCCAGCCCAAGCAGGCCUUCUCCUUCCAGUGGGCCAUCCCAGGACGUGGUGGCACAGGAUCUGGGUGACAGGAUGCCCAGCUUGGUGGGGCAGGAGGCGGGGAGCGGCGAGAGCCUGAGGAGAAGCUCGUCUCUGUUCAAUAAGGCCGCAUUUUUGCGGUCCAGCCCUAACACCGUGAUUCUCUUUGAAACCACCAAAGCCGGCCCUGCUCUGGGGAAGGGGGUCAGUGAAGGGGCUCAGGAGGCCAACGCAGGCGUGUCUCAGGAGUCCCCGUCGGGCUCCCGGCCUGAGGUGGCCACCAAGCCCACCCUGCCCGCCCAAAAGCCCCGGGGGACCCUUCCCCGACCGGCCUCCCUAACGCAGGACACAAGGCAGCCUGCCACCCAAGAGGAGACAGGCCCAAACGAGCCUCUCUCAAAGGCCAGUAGUAUGGAGGAGCCUAGGCCUUGCCUGAGAAGAAGGCCUGCAUCGGCCAUUUUCACCGAAUCCAUUCAGCCUCAGAAGCCAGGCCCAGGUGGAGCUGCUACGGUGGGAAAGGCGCCCCCUACCCCUCCUGAGAAGACAUGGGUGAGGAAACCCAGGCCUCUGUCCAUGGACCUCACGGCCCGGUUUGAGAGCAGAGAGGCCUUGCUGAAGAAGGUGGCUGACGAGGCCACAACAGGUCCCACCGCCCAGCGUCGGGGGACCGAGAGGCCCAGCCCGGAGCCCAAAGUGGAUGGGGAGUGUUUGAUCAAAGCAGAGGCUCCCCUUCCUGACCCAGAUUCCGACUUCCUGGAGGUAGCCAAGAAGGUUCGAGAACGGAAGGAAAAGAUGCUUUCUAAGCAGGUGGAACUGGGCAGCCUCAGGACUGCUGGGGGCUCAGCCAGGGGAACCCCCACAGAGGACCAGAAGCUAGGGGAAGAGAAAGCUAAGCUGGGUGGGGAGCCAGAGAAGGCACCCGAGUCCCCUUCGCCCAGGCUGGGAAAAGGCGAAGAAAUAGCCGAGAUCAAGAGCAGAGCAUCUAACGGGGAAACCCGGGCACGGGCAGAGUGGACAUCGAGGGGCAGCGUCAAGAAGCGCCUCAGCCUGUUUGGGGAGGAGAGCAUCUUGGCCUUGGCAGUGGGGUCUGAACCUCCAGUUGCCACUGCUGAGUCCCCAUUGGCUGUGCCAGAGACAGAAAAAGCAGGCGUGAGCGUCCAGGAGCGGAUCAAAGGCUGGGCCACGGAGAGCUCUGAGGCCAAGCCGGAGGUCAGGAGGAAGGCGUACAGGGCACGGCCCCUGUCAGCGGAUUUGACCAAAGUGUUUUCAAGUUCAAUUUCAAGCAAUGGAGUCAAGUAUGAGAAGUGUUCGGAGCUGAGUGGCGAGCUUGCUAAGGAACCAAGAGACAAGCAAAAAGAAGGGCCUGGUUUGGAUGGAGCACCUGCUCCAAGAAGCCCCUGGGAGUCUGGGAAUCUCCGGGAGAAGUCCAGGCAGACAGAGUGGAAAGACAGUUCUCACCAAGUCCCCGACAGCUGUCGCAGCAAAAGCUCGGUGGGGGCCCUGAGCUCCCCAGAAGAGGAUGGAAGCUUUCAGACUGUGAGAGCCACCGUGUUUGAGCAUCACGUGGAGAGGCACACUGUGGCUGACCAGUCAGGACGCUGUCCCUCGGCCACACCCCCUGGUGAUGUGACCCAUGCCUCAGAGCUCAAACCCAGGCCUGACAGAGGCUCGAGGCUGGGCAAGGACCCACCAGAAAAGAUGAUUCUCAAGCAAGAGAAGUCCAGGUGGCUUGAAAACCCUGACACCGAGAAAUUGGGGCGGACUGCCCUUUCGAAUGGUGACCCCAAACAGUAUCCCACGCCUCUCUCAGAAAAAUACCCUCUGGGCGAAAAACGCAGUAAUAACCCCUUCCUUAAAUGCUUGGAAAACCCUCCCAUGUCGCAGAGGGUUGAGCCUAAGUAUGACAUUGUACAGGUAGUGGGGGAGCGUGCGCACAGUGAGGCCGUCCCCACGGUGCCCGAGGAGAAAGCUGUGACACUCCGCAGUGGCAAGUCCCGACUCUCACUGAAGGGAAGGCAGCUGUCCCCUGAGGUCACCCCUGCUGACCUAGGGUACAGGCUGGACAGUCAGGCGGGGUCCGUCCAAAGGGCCAGUUUGAUUUGGGAAGCUCGAGGGACGCAGGAGGUCAGUGGGCCCAAGCCUGACUUCCGAGAGCCAAAGGACACAUUUGGAGGCAAUUGCCUGUCGCCCAAGUGGACAGGUGGGGUUACCGGCAACUGGCAUAAAGCCACUGUGGUGGUCAGUGACGAGAAAGGCUCGGAAGUGAGUCCUGAGGUCACCAGUGAGUGCGCAGCUAGGCCCUGCGGCCCUGAGGCCACCUGUAUGAGGGCCGUCCAGGCUGCUGUCAGGGAGGCCCAGCACCAGGGGCCUGAAGGGGCCGGAAAGAAGCCAGGAGAUUGCGUUGCAGCAGGAGAAAGGGGUCCCCCCCGGGGCUGCCCUGUGGACCCUCCUUCCAGGGCUAAGGACGAGAGCUCUGACUUCCGAGCACGGCCACGUGCUGAUCUUGUGCAGAAAGAGCCUCUCGUGGUGACAGCCAGUGAGGGCGCACCGAGGCCAGCCGAGGCACGGGAGCCUGAAGUCAGGAUGCGGAAGGUGAGCCCCACAGACGCGAGAUUUGAGAGGUGGCGGCGACGGACUUUACCCCACGAUGUGAAGUUUGAUGAGUUCAGCUUCCUGUCUCCAGAACACCCUUCAAAGGUGGAGCAGAGACGCACGGAUUAUCUGAGCCCCACCGCCGGUGCCUUAAGGAAACCUCAGCUAUCCCAUAAUAGGGUGGGCGCCCAGGAGGGCUACCCAGGUAUGUCACAGGACCCAGCUCUUCCAGCAGGAAAGCAAGGGUCACCUGUGGAACCCAAGGCGACAUUUUUUGCAGUGACAUAUCAGAUUCCUGAUACUCAAAAGGCAAAGAGUGUUGUUAAGUCAGGGCCCCAAAGGUUGACGGAACAUUCUAGAAAAACAGCUCCGCCUCCAUCUCCUCAUCCUUUAGCAUCUACCUUGGUUUCCCUUAACCCUGAACAGCCACCGGAGACCAUGGGCAGUAAAAACUGGGCUCAGGGCAGAGAGCGUGACGGUGCAAGCUUUUCGAAAACUCCGAAGCCAACAGAUGCUCCGUCACCUCUUGGGGACAGGACUGUGGACCUUUCUACUGAAAGAAUCAUCGACACCGAUGCUGUACGGAUUCGUCGGCAACCAGAAGACAGCACCGGCUUUCAGAACGAUUGGAAGGACAGUGGGAACAAGACGUCUGCCAGUAGCGCUCCCCAAACGACCCCAGUUUUUAAAAGUCACCCGAAAGCCGGUGAUGUCCUUGUCAGAAGGAGGACUGAGGUGGUCAGCGAGACAUUCCCAGGCAAAAUGAAAGAUGGCUACAGAUCCAGCGUUCUCGACAUUGACGCUCUGAUGGCCGAGUACAAGAAGCAAGAUGCUCAGGAGCAGACGCAGGAUCCCCCCGCAGAGCCCAGCAGCUCGGCUCAGGAGAGGCCCGGCCAGCAAGGCGGGGCGGAGCGGAGGAGGAGGAGCCUGAAGGAGAGGCCUGAGGUGGAGGGUCUCUGGAAACCAGCCGGUUCUGCAGAAACAAACCACAGUGCUAGUCCUGGCUCGGGCAAGCAGCCAGUAGAGACCCCGGGGGCAGCCGCGAACACCAAGCUCAGCCCUCCUCUGUGGGCUCUGCCACACUCGGUUCCUUCCGAAAAAUAUCCAGGGGCCUCCUCUGGUUCUGGGGGUUCCAGGAAGAAAAUCUCAGGAAUCGCUGAGGAUGAAACAAAAGCCUUUGCUAGUAAACCUCACAGUGCAAAGUGUCAGAAUUACCCGGCUGAGUCAAAGCCCACCACCGCCUGGGACGAUCUGGGCAGUGGAGCCCGCGUGUUGCCCAAAGCCUCCUCAGCUGACCAGAAGAAAGGGACCCCAAGGAAAUCCAUCAGGAAAGGAGAGGAGGGCCGUGUGGCCCAGUGGGGUGACCACCCACGAGACUGUGGAAGGUCACCACUGGAUGUCAAGAGGGCCUAUUCAGAGAAGGGUCCCCCGGCCAAAAUCCGAGAAGGCCUGUCCAUCAUGCAGGAAGCCAGAGAGAGGAGGCACGUGCAGCCCAAAGGGAGGCCCGGCUUCCCCGGGGAGAGUUCCGUGGCCGAGGAGACCAAAACGGGGCCCUGUCGGUGGGAGUCAGGGACUCGAGACAGUCAGAAGGUGCCGUCCCGGGACCUAGGGAGGGAAGAUGUCCUCCAGGACAAUGAGCAGCCACUCCAGCAGGUGUCACCUGUGACCUUGGGUCCCCGGAGAAGCCACAGCUUCUGCAAGGACAAGAGGAGCGGGGCCUUUGUGGACCAACUGAAACAGUGUUUCUCCAGGCGGCCCCCCGAGGCCAAGGACACCGAUACCCUUGUGCAGGAAGCCGACUGCCAGUAUGGGACGUGGACGGACCAGCGCCAGAGUGGGGAGAGCUUGGCCCCUGAGUCCCCAUCCCCGGACAGCAGUGCCACCUCGGCUCGGAAACAGCCCUCCAGCAGCCGCUUAUCCUCGCUGUCCUCCCAAACGGAGGCCACCUCGGCUGGGGACCAGCACGACUGCUCCAGGGACCAGCGGAGCACGAGCGUGGACCAUUCCAGCACUGACCUCGAAUCCACGGAUGGGACGGAGGGGCCGCCCCCGCCGGACGCCUGCUCCACAAAGAGAGUGGACGACUUCUCCUUCAUCGAUCAAACCUCAGUCCUCGACUCAAGUGCCCUCAAGACCCGGGUGCAGCUCAGCAAGAGAAGCCGCCGCCGGGCCCCCAUCUCCCACUCCCUCCGGCGCAGUCGCGUCAGCGAGUCGGAGAGCAGGUCUCCUCUGGAGGAGGAGGCCGACAGCACGUGGAUGUUCAAGGACUCAACAGAAGAGAAAUCCCCCAGGAGGGAAGAGUCAGAUGAGGAGGAGAAGCCAUCCAAGACUGAGAGGACCCCCGUCAGCCAUCCCCAGAGGAUGCCCGCCUUUCCCGGUGUGGAUCCGGCAGUGCUGAAGGCUCAGCUGCACAAGAGGCCAGAGGCGGACAGUCCCAGCGAGACCCCCGGCUGGGCCCCCCAGCCCAAGACCCCGAAGUCCCCCUUCCAGCUGGGCAGUCGCGUGCUGCCCUCCAGUGUGGAGAAGGAUGAAAGAUCGGAGGAGCCCUCACCCCAGUGGCUAAAGGAGCUGAAAUCCAAGAAGAGGCAAAGCCUGUAUGAGAACCAAGCUUGACCAGGGGACACUGCCACGUCUAAUGAACAGAAGAAGCCUUAACUGUCAGAACCCUAAGACAAGGCCAUGCUGCUGCCGUUCCUUCCUGCGCAAUGGUUACCCGCCCGAGCCCUUCUGGUCGGGUGGAGAACGCCGUCCAGGGCCCCUCGCCCCUCUGCAGGCUCUCCCCGGGUCAGGGCAGAAAGCCUCGCCCUCCUCAAGCACUUACACAUCUCCCCAGAUAGCACUUCAGGCUGGGAAAGAUGCCAGGCUGCACCGAAACGUCCACGCUGGCGGUUCUGUUUCUUUUCAUAUAAAAAUGUGCACUUCUGCCCACUGCAGACGCCUGCAGCAGCUCCAGGCACGCAUGUGAGGCUGGACCAUCUCCCCAGGUUCCGGAAAACACCUGAAUUGUGAAAGCAUCUCUUCCCCCAACCCCAGGGAGGUCUUUUUCAAAAGGACAUUUCCAAGGAAGAAGAAACCAUUCAUUUCCUGCUGUAACUGUGGUCCAAGACAGUACCACUGGGCUGGGGGUUUUGAUUGCUUUUUUUUUUUUUUUUUUGGCAAGUUCCAUCGCCCUCUCAAAGGAUCAGCAGUUCUGAUUUUUAAACAUACCCCUGCCCUCGUUCUUUCAAGUGUGUUGGUCCUUCCAGUGGGGCCAUGUACAUAGUUGACUCUUUUAUUGUGUGUCAUUUUUGUUUGCUUUAGAAGGUGAUAAAGCAAUAAUCCAGCCAAUUUUCCUUGAGAUUUGAUAUGUAUAUAUGUUUUUACGUUAAAGAACAGGAGGACAGAGGUGUGACUACUUUGCUUGAAGUAUCUGAUCAUCUCAGGUUAUCUUAUCCCUAUCCAUGCUUUUAAAAAAAAAAAAAUUCUAGUGGUCACCCUUGUGUAGAGUUUCCUGGUUUCUUUUCAUCUGAGCUCUGAUUUCUGUGGAGUGGUCUUUGUCCCUCGGCCUCAAGGCUCCAUGAACUGCAGCCCAAAUGGCAGUGCCUUUCCCACUCCAACGUCAGACCCACUCUGAGACUCUUUUUCUCCGGAGUCUCUUUUGAACACCACCUGAGCUGCUGGCAUGGAAGAGCCAUCCUACAUUGGCCUCAGAACAAAGCAUGAAUGAGGGGUUCUUGCGUUUCUUCUCACUUCUUCCUUCUGUGAGCCCCCCCCCGCCCCCAAAUCCACCUGACUAAGUGCUCUUUUUAGGUCCAAAUGCAGGAAGGGAGGGUCUUGCUGAAAGUCCCCCCACCAGGCCAGGGACUCCGGGCAGAAGUGCUGGAUGCUAGGUGACAAAGGGUAAGGUUCGCCUUGCGUCUUUUUUUCUUGCUAGCUCUAAGUUCAUUCCUAGGAAUCUCCAAGACCUCUGGGGGCUCCGGACACUCUCUACUGUGUUCUUCUCUUUGGAAAUCCUCAACACCAGCCUCCUCCACCUAUGAAAGCCCAAGGCCCCAGCAAACAUCCCAGAAAUGCUUGGCUGGCCACGUUCCAUGCCUGGAGUUGCCAUAAACUUUGUGCCAACCUUGCCUGGGAGAUGCCCAUUGGUGAGAAAGAUGCUUGGGCAGUUCAUGGGGGCAGCCUGGGGUUGCUGAAGGGUCCCUGGGGCUGCGCUCCCUAAUGGGUCCACGCGCAGCACUGGCUAUAUAUGGAAAUGGUGGGCUCACGCAUGCCCCCUCCCCUGACUUCACCCCAAAAGAGGUGAACAUCUUUCUUGAUAAAUCCAUUAUUUGUAAGUGGUGUCAAAACAUGCCUCCCUUCUCCCUGGCCACCUUUCCAAGAGUCUCUAUUUUCCCAUCAUUCUUCCUCCCUUAUCUCCCUUUACCACCUCUUCCUUCUCUUGGGGAUGGUGUCGGGGGCAGGUGGAGAGCAAUCCUGGUUCUCCAGGUUUAGACAAACGGCUGUUCUCCGGAGAGUGGUCGUGGGUCAGCACCAUGGACAAGGACCGGAGGGUCCCACCCCCAUCCCUCCCUGAGUCCUGUUGGCUGAGCCUUGGCUACUGAUGGGCAGUUGUUGGACCCUGUCACCCACCCAACCUUGUGCAUCUGUAAGCCUCUUGCAUCUAUGUUGGGAGGUAUGGCCUUGCUUGAUAAUCGUUUGCAUUCUCUUAAUUCCCUGAGGAAGUGGUCCAUCAGUUCUUUGUAGCCCUUUUGGGGAUUAAAUUCCUCCAGGAACUACUUCAGUUGAUCUUUCUUUUUUAAGGCCCAGCUCAUGCUUUAUAACAAUGCUGAUGUAGUGCUUUCCGGAUCACUAGGUCCCCUUUAGAGACACUCCUAGUGUGUCCUGACCCCCACUUCCUUUCUUGGCUGCUUUCAUCUUUGUCUUUCUGAAGGUGGGAAGAGCCCUUUGGUACCGUCUCAGGCAGUAGGAAAUGACCUGUUCUGUUCAUGCACAUCUCUGAAUUCUGAAUUAGCCAUCUUUUAGCCCAAGUAGACCCGAAAGGAAAGAAAAGCCCUUGAAAAUGAGAUUGACCCUAGAGGUCUUUUGCCUAACUACCCACACCUUGUUUAGAAAUAAAAAUUCAGUUCAUUCCUUGGUGAUGCGGACAUACAGAACCCAUGCAUUUAAACUGACUAGAGCAAGCCCGGUACAUCCUCCUCGACUCUCUUGUUUUCUGCAGCCUCAUCUCUCCACCGCAGAGCAGACAAUCACUGGGGGUCGGGGGCAACCCUCUUCAUGCAGGUUCCCCAUGACCUCCGGAUCCAACCGAGAUCAGUGCAGUGAGGUUGGAAGUGGCUGAUGCUCAGAGCCUUUGCAGAGAGCUGAGCUAAUGGGUUGUUUCUCCUCUUUCUAAAGUGAGUGAGCUCUUUGGGGCUAAGCAAGGAGUUGUAUGUUCAUUUCUCAAGUUAGCCUGGAGUCAUCUUUGGACACCUGUCUCCUUUUAAGCUAACUUAAUAUGCCUUAAUCAUCUGUAUGCAAUCAGGCCAUCUGCGUCCUCUAACCUUCCUCCUCCGGGCCUUUGGCUCUGCUUCAAUGAGCGUCUUACACAGGAAGCAAGUUCCUAGGGAUGCAACAUCUCUCCCCCAUAGCGCCAUCUCUCUGUCCCCCGUCUCUCCCUCCCUCUCUCUCCCUCCCCCUUUCCCUCUCGCCCUCCCUCCCUCCCUCCCCCCCCCUUUCCACACACACCCUUUGCACAUCAGCAUUUUGACAGAUGGUCUUUUAAGUCUGUAUAUUUUUCCCCUCCCAGUAGAUCCCCUUCUUCAUGGUCUCUUGCCUAAAGAAACCGGCAGCCUUUGGCUUGUUUUGAAAUUCCAUGGCGAGGCCUCAAGAAUCAGUGUUGUGGAGACUUCCUCAGUCCCACCAGGGAAAUUCUGGUGCCAGGGGAACCUCACGGUUUUUGGGGUGUUGAGGGUUUUGAGUGGCGCUGACCUGAGAGCCUCAGGUUGUCUAGCAUCGGGGGAGAGGACAAUCAGAUGGGGGGGGCGCGCGGGGUGUUUUCUAGGGGGACGAGCCAAGUCAUGUGUUUUUGGACAAAUGUGUGUUUUGUGUGUGUAUGCAUCCCAGGAAGUGAGGCCAGCAAGGUUUGCUAAGGAGCGAGAAUAGAAAUAGGCACUAGCCUGUAGUCCUAACCCUUAAAGGCUGUGCAAGGGAUUUAGAAAAACCCUCGGCGUGAUUGCCCAAAGGAGACGCAGCCACUCCCACCUGGUGCUCAUAGCUGCCUUUGUCCGUUAAUGUGUGUACGUUUUCCAUCCCAACGCCCCAGAUUGCCCAGGGAGCCGGGUAAAAUGACAAAGCUAAAAAUCCACAAGUGUGAGGUCAACUCACCUGCAAAACCAAUUGCUUUUUUCAAAGUGACUUGGGCCUGCGUGGACGACAGCGUCCACCCAAGGAGAGGGCCCGUGAGCCUGCCUCUGCCUCCGAGCUUCCGCUGCAGCUCCUCAGUCCCUGGGGUCCCUCCCAUGCAGCGUCUCCAUCUAGGAAGCUGGAUGACUGUUGCCUUUGUGUAAACUACAUUUCAGGGUGAGCCUGAGGGGGGAUGGGGAGGCAGGAGAAAAGCUCUCUGCAGCGGGAAAUACCCUUCCCCCAUCGGAAGCCAUGGCAGGUCACUUCCAUAACAGAGAAACCUUCUAUAGAUUCGGAUGGUGCCUUUCCUCCUGUAACGCUAUGUGUUAAAACGGGAAAGCAAGUGUCCCAGGGCCUCGUGAUGCCAUGGGGGCGGAGGGACAGUGUUGAGGGGGAGGGAGUCACUUGAAGGAGGCAGGACCCACUGGACAUGGGGAAGGGGACCCAUCGUGGACUCCUCCGCCUUAGGGAGUGGUGCAUCCGAGCUGCUGAGCUACUAAGAGUCUCUCUGUUGGAAUUCUGGGCAAGCCGAGGUUCUGGGAAUGUCGUCACAUAGAAAGCCAGUAGGAACAAGUCUGAGCCAGUCUGUAUUUCCUUUUGCCCCCACCACCCUUCUAGAGAUUUCUUUCUUUCGUCUGGGUGGGUCCCUUCAGGGAGCAGGGCAGGAAGCCAGGUUCUGGCACGUCAGCCUGGGGUUCCCGGCACGCCGACCUGUCAGCCUCUCGCCUUUGCCCCCCCAGUGUCUCCUUCAGUAGUUACCCUCCUGUCUGGUGCCGCGACAUCUUCCACGGAUCAGACUGGCUUUUUUUGACAAUCUCCAGUGACGUGACAUCUGCUCCAACAAAUCAUGCCAUUGUCUAAAGAAGAAUUUUUAGCUUUUUAAUGAUUUCAUCCCACAUAGCCUUACAGAUCCUGUAAAUAAGGGGCUUACAAAAGUAAUAUAUUGUGUGACACGGGAAGGUAUUUUGUACUGUUUCCUAAAUCGUCCCAAUAUCCUAGAAGUCAUGCACUUCCAAGAUGACUUUUAGCCUCAAACUGCUUUGUAAGAUGGGGGCAGGGGGGAUUGGAAAUAUAUAUAAAUAUAGACGAUAUAUUUUCCUAACCUUUCUUCUGGGUCCCAUCAUCAGGUAGUUGAGUCAUGAUAGAGAAGGAACCCGAGCCCUGUGUGUAGGAAAAGCGGAGCCUGCUGCUGUCGGUGUCCCUGCAAUUGCCUUAUGAAUUCACAAGCCCUAGGAGUUCUGAACAGAAGGCGGACAAGAGGCACUUUACCCAAUCCCAGAAAGAACCUCUAAUUUGUGUGACUGAGAAUUCAUCUAGAAAAACCUCUAUUUUUAAUGUUAAAACAAUGGGGCUCCGCGGACCUCACAGAGUAUUGGAUGUCGACAAGUGCUUUUAUAUUUUGUAACUGUAAAGAGGUUUCAUACGCGCACAUGCAGAGCAGUUGGGAAUCGAGCCAACUGCCUUAGAACAAGAGGACCUUUGCAUGUACAAAGAUGUUGCAUUCAGACUAUGAAAAUUGCAAAUAAAGCUUUGAUGCAAGUUG